CAUUAUUUAAAAAAAUAUUCUACAUAUUUUAUAGAUUGAGCUAUGCAGUUUAUGUUCUCCAAGAAUUAGAGAAAGAUAAUGUUGAUAAUCCUGCACUCAAAAUAAACAUAUUUUAUGAUGUUGCAUGUAUGUUGGUGAAACACUUACAGGUAAUAUUCAAUUGACAAUAGUUGCUUUGUUACCUGUUUCCUUUGUCAAUAACUUUCCCUCAACACUUUUUUUCUUUGAAAAGGUAGUCUUUCACAUGUUUUUCUUUAUUUUGUUUUUUACAAAAAGAAUUUGGAGGAUCUGAUUAUUGACAUUUUUCAAUUUUCAAUUCCAAUUUUUUCACUGCUAUGGGCAUGUUGGACGAUGCCAAGUUAAAUUUAGUCCCCGUCGUAAAGAAGGAUUUGGCUGGCCUAACUGACGGUGAGAUGUUGGAGAGAUUGUGAGCUUACAUUCGUAAAUUUAGCAGAAUGACUAAAGAAAUGCGUCCAAGUCACAGAGUUGAUGUACUCAGUGAUGCUCUUUUACAUUAUGGAAAGAAAGCGAAGAUUAAUUUAGGCAUUUUGCUGAUGGCAAGGAUGAAGCGAGCUGUUGACGUGGAAGAAACUGCAAAAUCAGAUAUUGAAAAGUUAUGCAGGUGCUUUUCGUAUCACAGGAUUUCAAUAGAUGAUAUUCGUGAGUGGAUGAAGGACGAAUCGACUUUUUUUGGUCGUGAAGUUGAGACUGAAGAAGAAGAUUGGAAAUGCAAGUACGUUAUAUACCUGGACUUGUACGCUGAUCUUUACCAUCGAUGGAAUGGUUGCAUUGAUCCAAGUGAACUGACUGUUCCAUUUAAUCAGAUGAAAAAUAUUGACGAGCAGUUGAAGAUCAUGGAAAGGGAAAACUCAAUUUCUGCACGCAGGCAAAAUACUGACUCGGAAUACGAAAAUUCAUAGGCUUGGUAAUGUUUUAUGUUUAUAUCAAUUGUUACCCAUAAAGAUUUGUUGGGGAUGUUUAGAAAGCAAAGGAUAGCAAGGGAUUGACUGUGUUUGAAGCUACAAAACAGUGGGCAGGAGACAAGAGGAAGAGAGAGGAUAAGGGAGAUCCUGGUGUGAUUGAUGGGUACAAGGGACCAUGGAGUAAGUUUGUUGAUGAAGAAACUAUUGCUAAACCAUCUGAGGAAGAGUCAACAAUCCUUGAGGAGUAUGAAUUAUCGAAGAAAAA